AUGGAGCAGCCGCAACAGCACGAGCGGGAGCAGAAGUCGCCGCCACCGCCGCCACCUCCGCCGCCGCCGCUGCCCUCGCAGAACGGCUCGGCAGCCCAGGAUGAGGCGGAUAAGAACGACCGAGAGAAGAGCCGGCGGCUGAUGAGUGAGGCGCUACAGCGCGAGGACGAAUUCCUCGAGUACCUCAUGUCGCUCUCCGCCACCGCCAACGACGGAACAGCCGCCGCCCCCGCCGCGGCCGACUCGGGGUCCGCUCAGGACUCGGGGGUGGCGGAGGAGGAGGACCCGACCCCAGCCACGGGGCCUGUGAGGUCCGCCUCGGCCUCUUCCCAGCAGCCGCGGACGGCGGGGCUCGACCACCUGGACAACCUGUGCAAGCUCAUGGAGCAGCUCGGUGACCUCAAGGAGCAGAAUACAAAGCUGCAGCGACGUGUGCAGUACCUGGAAGACCUGAAGCGGCUGCAGGUGAUGCACAAACAGCUGCGCGGCGAAGAGGCUGACGCCGGCCACGGCCAGGCGUCUGCGAGGGCGGCAGCAGCCGCCGCAGCAGCAACGGCAGUCUCCGCAGAAGAGCAAGGCCAAGGUCUCCAAGUGGACCAAGGUGAAGGAGGCGUUCCGCUGGGAGCGCGCCGCCUUCGCUGA